UUUUAUUUGAUCCUUGGGCAUGCGGUAUGUGUUGUUACAAACCUUAAAGGGGUUGGUGUCCUAAUUCUAAUUAUAAUAAGAGGACUAUAAAGUAUAAACAAUUGUUAUGUUGACCAAAUUAAUUAUUCAUAUAAUAUAUCAUUCAUAAUUUGUUAUUAAUUAUUUUUACAAAGACUUCUUAAUUUGUUAUUAUCACAUUUAUACAUAAGACAAGAUAAUGGAGUAAGUAUGAAAAAAUUAUUUUUUACAAAAAGAAUGAUCAAACAAGAAGACAUAGUAUUUGACCAAAAAAAAAAUAAGAAGACAUAGAAUUUGUAUAAGAUUCAAAGCAAAGCAAAUUGUAAAGCUAUCUAGCUACUGCUUGUUCUUGUAUACUCAUCAAGGAGUAUAUAUUAUUAUCUCCUCUAUUGCUUAUUCCAUUAAGAUGGCUGUUGAAUAUUAUGAUUUUGGACCUUACAAAAUCCACCAUAGUUCAGUGUUUCAUACAACAGAUCUUUCUUUUGCCUUUGUUAACCUACGUCCUGCUGUGACUGGUCAUGUUCUGAUCUGUCCAAAGCGCGAAGUGAAGCGUGUUGCGGAUCUCACGGACGAUGAGAAUAUUGAGUUAUGGCGCAUAGCACAUAAACUUGGUAGACAACUUGAGAGCUACCAUAAUGCAUCAUCACUUACAUUUUGUAUCCAAGAUGGAGCUCAAGCUGGACAAUCAGUUCCUCAUGUUCAUAUCCAUAUCCUUCCUCGGAAGAUUGGCGAUUUCGAAAACAAUGAUGACAUUUAUGAUGUGAUAAAUGAAAAGGAGAAGGAAUUGAAAAGGAAGCUAGAGGUGGAUAUUGAGAGGAAAGAUAGGAGCCUUGAAGUAAUGGCACAAGAAGCUGAUGAAUACAGAAAAUUUGUCUUUUGAUACUUUUUAUUAAGUGGCACUAGAAAAGAUAUGAAGUUACUUAAUCUCUACAAAAUAAUAUUGAUAAUAAGGGAACUGAGUCAUUUGGAAACUUUUGUAUUUACAAGUUUUCUAUUGUAUGGAAGAAAUUGGAAAU